CACCGAUGCCUCAGUCUCACUGCGUUCCACAGAGCAUUUCUCGCGUUAAACCCGGCGAAGCUCAAGCCUGAGAUUCCUGUACGAAUGCACCGGAAUGUCGGAUAUCGGUGACCUUGUGGCGGUGAAAUCGAGCUUCUCACCAAGGUGCUGAGAUGAAUGUUAUUCAAAACAGAAAAGUUCACAAUGACUAAAAUCCCUUUCCCGGCUGCAUGGGAAGAAUGGUGAAACUCUUGGAUUCGAGUGCUGGCAUGGAUGGAAACAGGCUGGCUACAGAAAUAGCACAUCAAGAUGGUUCACCAGUUCACAGGAAUCGAUCAGAUGUGGCAACAUUGUUGGAUCCCAUCAAAUAUCAGAUCGAGGACGAAUCAAUAGGAUACGAGUCAAGGAGGUCAUCUUCAAGCAAGAUAUCUAGUAGAACACCCAUAAAGAGACUUAUAGCCCAAGAAAUGUGUAAAGAAACAGAGUCUAAACACAAGCCACCCAGUAUAGUUGCUAAGCUGAUGGGGCUUGAUGCCCUCCCUGGGAAGCAGCUAAAUUCAACGGCACAUAGGAGUCCACCAACAGGUUAUUCUGGCUAUACUUGUACUCAACAAGGUACUCUGUCGACAUAUCAGCAUCAAGAAAUGGGCUUUCGGGACAAGCCAAUUCAGCAUGGGGUUCAUCAAUUUGGGGGGCAGAGAGAGUACAAAGAUGUUUACGAAGUUUGGCAGCAAUCUCCAAGAAAGAAUUACGUUAGAGAUAACUUGCUGCAGAAGGGGAAAUAUGAUGAAAAUGAGAAAAAAAUGGCUCUUGUUCGUCAGAAAUUCAUUGAGGCAAAACGUCUUGCCACAGAUGAAAAACUUCGCCAGUCCAAGGAAUUCCAAGAUGCAUUGGAGGUUCUAAGUUCCAACAAAGAUGUAUUCCUGAAGUUUCUGCAAGAACCGAAUUCACUGUUCUCGCAGCAUCUCUAUGAACUACAGUCCAUUCCUCCACCUCCCCAAACAAACCGAAUCACAGUACUGAAGCCUUCAAAGACCAUGGAAAAUAACAGAUUUGCUGGAUCAGAGAAGCGUGAAAGACGGGCAAGGAAACCAACUCAGGUAGCUGAAGCAAGUGGGUGGGACAAAGACAGGACCAAUCAGAAGGAAGAUAGUUCUGCUCAACCAAUGCGUAUAGUGGUCUUAAAGCCUAGCCCUGGAAAAGCCUAUGAUGUUAGAACUAUUGGUUCUUCGCCUACCUCUUCACCAAGACUGCCAAGUAAUAAAGACUACUAUGGGGAACUUGAAGAUGAUGAGGCACAAGGAUCGAGAGAGGUAGCGAAGGAGAUCACACAACAGAUGCAUGAAAGUUUGAGUGGUCACCACAGGAAUGAAACUUUCCUGUCCUCCCUGUUUUCCAAUGGUUAUGUAGGGGAUGAAAGCUCUUUGAACAGAUCAGAAAACGGUUACGUAGGGGAGGGAAAUCUCAGUGAUUCAGAGGUAAUGACACCAACUUCAAGACAUUCAUGGGACUAUAUCAACCGGUUUGGUAGUCCAUACUCGUCAUCUUCCUUCAGCCGUGCAUCAUAUUCUCCAGAGUCAUCAGUUUGCAGGGAGGCAAAGAAGCGACUUUCUGAAAGAUGGGCCUUGAUGGCAUCAAAUGGAAGCGGUCCAGAGCAGAGACAAGUCCGGAGGAGCUCUAGUACAUUGGGGGAGAUGCUUGCUCUUUCUGGAACCAAGAAGACUGCAACAUCUGGGGAGGAAGAUUGUGCUGGAAGUCGGAAUGUUUUGAGUAGCAGGUCCUGUGGUGGUGAACAAGAGAUGAUGGUACCAACAUCAGGUGGGUCAACUAGCAGGAACAAGGAUGAAAGUGGAGAGGUUUCUAGGAAUCUACUGAGGUCGAGGUCUGUCCCAGUGUCUUCCACAGUUCAUGGGUCCAGACUGAAUGUUGAAGUUUCAGAUCCAAAGGUGGAUAAAUCCAUUGUUCCUAAAGAGGAAACAAAGUCAAAGAAUGGGAAAUCAUCAUUAAGGGGGAAAAUUUCAAGUUUAUUUUUCUCAAGGAGUAAGAAAACAAGGGAAGGGAAAUCUACCACAUGCUCUGUGGCUGGCUCUCAAGAUGAAUCUCCAAACACUGCUUCUGAAGUGUCAUUGGUUUUGAAUCCACUUUCUCCCCAAAAGACGAGUGAUAAUGUAGCUUAUUGUGUUACUGGUUGUGUCCCCGAAGGGGACCUAUCAAGCAAGAAUUCCUCUCCAGCAAUCUGUGUUGGAGCAAAACAAGGCACCUUCUCGAAUGAGACAUUGCUAUCAAAUUCUGGAAUGCCAGUAGAAAACCCUGACCAACCUAGCCCCAUUUCAGUCUUGGAGGCUCAGUUUGACGAUGAUGUUAGCACCAGUCCACAGCCCUCUGGACAUGUGCUGUCAGACAACCAUGGACCACCUGUGCUCCAUCAACCUCUUAAAUCUGGCUUAAUUGACAAAUCUCCACCAAUAGAAUCAAUUGCACGGACAUUGUCAUCGAAUGGCGCAUGCAUAUUACCAACCGCAUUCAAUCCAUUAAACCCCUCUAGAUUUUCCCCGAAAGCUGCCAAGGAAGAAGAACACCUUUUAUUUGUCCAUGCAUUACUCUCAGCUGCAGGUCUGGACCAUGAGGAGCAGUCAGGGACAGUCUUUGCUAGGUGGCAUUCGCCUGAUAACCCACUAGAUCCAUCAUUGGUGGACAAAAUAUGCAAGUUGAAAGAUGAGAAGGCAUUGUUGCAUGAAUCAAAGCGUAGACAGCAUAGAUCAAAUCAAAGGCUUCUUUUUGAUUGUGUCAAUGUAGCUCUGGUGGAUAUCAUGGGAUAUGGAUCAGAUGUGAGCUCUUGGGCAAAGGCAUCUUACAUGAAUAAAAAUACACAUUCCGUAGGUUCACCAGUGACAGUAGAUGAAGUAUGGGGUCGUGUCAAGGAGUUGUUCUCCAAGGAGGCAACGUGUUUUUUGGGUGAGAAUGGGGACAACAACAGCCUGGUAGUGGAGACGAUGGUAAGGAAGGAGGUGGUAGGCAAGGGCUGGGAGGAGCUUAUGAGGUUGGAAAUGGAUGCUAUAGGGAAAGAAAUUGAACGAGAGAUGCUGGAGAAGCUGUUGGAUGAAGCUAUUGUUGAAUUAACAGGUUGGUUAUGAUUAGGCAUGAAUUUUAUUCUGUUUUUCCAUAUUUUUAUGUGCACAGUGAUUAUUCACCAUUAUUGAUGUUCUCACUUCUCACCAACUUUGAUUUCUUUAAUGCACCAACAAACUGUCAUUUGUGUAUUUGUUUGAAAUUUUAUCCCCACUCCCCCACCCAACCCAAAGUAUGUAUAAUAUGUAAGUAAAACAUUAUUUUAGAUAGCUCGCUCCAAAACAUUUGAUUAUGUCAGGUAUGAUUAGCCAUUUGUGAUUA